GUCCAGAAUAUUCUCUAUGAAAGGAGAGGAGAACACAUCCGUCUAAUACUCGCCUUAUGAAGGGUUUAUUAUAUACUGGCCUACUACCAUGUCACAAAUGACCUUACAAGGUGAAGUGAGCAGGUUGAAUGGUGAAGGCCAAUAUCUCCAGGCUGUGGAGCUAAUUACAACCGAAAUUAAGGGAAAUCCAGACAAUCCUGAACUGUUUCUUCUAAGGGCCCAGAACCUGCUGAAGCUUGAGAAGUUUAAAGAGGCGUGCAGUGACGCAGCUAGGGCAUUGUCACUUGGAGCAGGAGCUGAAGCUCACUUGGUGCAUGGCAAAGCUCUCUUCAACUUAGGGCAGUAUCCUGAAUCUUUAGAAACAUUUAACAAGGGCAAGUCCAAAGGAGGAUCUGACUUGGGGAAGUUUGACCAGUUUGGGCAGUGGACGGUUUGGUGUGAAGAACGUAUUAAGAAAUUAAGAAUUAGUGAUACCCCUUCAAUGGCUGCUGAGGAACCUUCUGGAAGCAACAUGGAAAACCCUGAUACAGCUAAUAUCAUGCCAGUACCAAAGAUAAAACAUGACUGGUACCAGACAGAAUCACAUGUCAUCAUCACUAUACUUAUUAAAAACUUGAAGAAAGAUGAUGUUAAAGUAGAUUUCACUGAGAAGACAGUUAGUGUGACUGCACCUUUGCCUUCUGGCUCAGAAUAUAGCCUUGAGUUGGAUAUAUGUCAUCCAAUUAACCCAUCAGAAUCUUCAAUCAGAGUUGUGCCUUCCAAAAUAGAGGUAAAACUGAAGAAGGUAGAUGGUAUCAGAUGGGCGUCACUUGAGGGGGACGGUUCUGCUCCAACUAUCAAGACAAACCCCACAGGAACAUCCAUAGAGUGUCAGACCCCAUCAUACCCAACAUCAUCAUCCAAAAAACAUGAUUGGAGCAAGUUAGAAGCCGAAGUAAAGAAAGAGGAGGAAGAUGAAAAGUUGGAGGGAGAUGCUGCAUUAAAUCAGCUCUUCCAGAAGAUCUAUGGCCAAGGCUCAGAUGAGACCCGGCGAGCCAUGAAUAAGUCUUUCAUGGAAUCAGGUGGCACAGUCCUAAGCACGAAUUGGAAAGAAGUAGCUGGUCAGAAGGUGGACGUGAAACCCCCAGAUGGUAUGGAGUACAAGAAGUGGGAUGAGUAAAGGAUAGAUAGGUAACUAAGAAAAAAAUUUGUUACUCUGAGGAACCCAGUGUAGCAUGAAAUAUUGCUCGUUAGAAUUAUUUACUAAGUUAUUUAAAUUAGAUAUGUUUACAAAUUUGGUUGGAAGGUGUCCUGUGCAAAGAUUUCUUCAAAAUCUUACAUACAAAAUUCUCAGUAACAUGUUAAUGCAUACUCUGUUCAACAUGAUGAAUUUGUGUAUGGUUUACUUGUUAUGUUGCACUACAUAAGGCGAGUUCCAAGAUCGAUUUAGAGACUAUGUUAUUAUUGGCAUCAUUCAAAAUGUAAUGAGUGACAGUUGAAGGAGUUUAUUGAGAUAUUCACAUCACUGUUUUGACUUUGAAUAAGGAAUAUGAUAUUAAACUGGGGGUUGAGAUUUUGGAGAAAAAACUCUUUGUAUGAAAGCAUUUGGCCUCUUUAGACUUACAGUAAAUACUGAAAGCUUUUUCUGAAACUAACAGUGCUUGAGACAGUAAAACUUCGUAACAUGAUCACAAUAUAAGUUAAUACUGUAUUUCUUGAGUGCUAAAAAAAUUUGUGCUGUGACUGAAAAUCCAUUUUGAAUAUCCUGUCAUGUACAGUAUUGUAUUUUCAGUACUUAUAUGCAUUCAGAAUUCCAAUAAAAAUAAGAAAAAUAAAUAAUAUAUGAUUAAUAUUAAUAAACGAGUGUUUCAUAAUACAA